AUGACAAUCCGUCGUCGGCUAGAAAGCUUAGUCAAGGAUCGGCAACAGCGUAUUCUUCGGAUGCUUCCUGCUGGUUGUAAGCUAUCUAUCGCGCUUGACUGCUGGACAUCCCCAUUUUCUCAGGCUUUCAUGGCGAUCACUGGCUAUUUUAUCGAUGCGGAUUGGGUCUAUCGGGAGGUACUACUUGAUUUCAAACCUAUUUAUGGGGCGCAUACUGGUACAAACUUGAGUAGUGUUCUUGUGGAAACCCUCGUGAAGCAUAGGAUUGAAGACCGGGUGUUUGGUUUGACUACGGAUAACGCAUCAAACAACAAGACAUUAGUUGAUUCGCUCCAGCAAGCUUUAUCGGAUGGUGUUCUUAUUAUCCGGAUUCCGUGCCUUGUACAUAUUAUCCAGCUCAGCCUUAACCAGCUUCUUGGUCAUAUCAAGGCAGUAAAUGCACAGCACCGGAAGCGAGAGAUCUUCUACACAUUGAAUAAGAUCCGCUAUCUUGCGAUCUACGUGAACGCAAGUUCUCAGCGUCGGGAGACAUUCAGUAAUCUCCAGACUAAGGACACAAAGCUUAUGCCGAUCCAGGAUGUGAAGACUCGGUGGAAUUCAACAUUCCUAAUGCUUCGUCGUGUAAAGCGGCUCUGUGCUAUCUUUACACCCUUCUGCGUCGACUAUCUUCUUUGCAUCACUAAGCCAUUCUUUGACUAUACCACUCAGCUUUCAAAGACUCGAGAUAUCACUGCGCAUUAUGUGUUCAGAGUCUACAACAAACUCUUUGAACAUCUUGAACAGUCAAUGAAGCAGCUCCGGCGAAAGCGUGUCCUAUGGAAAAAAUAUAUGCUUGACGCACUCGAAGCUGGUCGAUUAAAGUUGGAUGAGUGUUACUCUCAGACUGAUAACGUUCGAGGGCAUAUCUAUGCGGUCAAUACAAUGCUUGCGCCUGUCAACAAGUUUCAGUUCUUUCUGACUGAUGAUUGGGAUCAAAAGUGGCGCGAUACUUAUCGUAAAUCCUUUCAAGAAGCUCUCGCUCCAUACCAAGAUCGUCUUUCUAAUACUCAAGGCUCAUAA